AACGUCAGUAGUAUUAUUAUCACGUAUUCGCUUGCAUUCACCUAAAACCGCUCACCUGUAAAACAAGCAACAUAAUUUAAAACAAAAUUAAUAAAACAAUAUGGUUUUGCAAGCAGUUACUACAGACAGCAGCAGGUGGAGUGGAGUGUCGUGUUGGAACACUGUAUAUUACAGACCUAACGAAUUUAGUGGAGGUUCUGAGGUGAGCCGAGGCUAGUCCACACCGCCUCGCUAUCUCCCAAACUUUCCUUCAUUCUUGAAAAGCCGAGUUAAGGAACGCUGUGUGACCCGGGAAGAGCAGAGCGUCUUUCCUGGCCUUCACUGCGUCGCCGCCCUCGUACCGUCAGGUGGCGUAAGUCUGUGUAGCAGCGACUCCUGGUGAGUCUAGCAGAUAGAGUCUGGCGGAGGUACCUGCAUUUUGUCCAGGUGUUGAGAUGUAGCCUCACAGUCUCGGUGUCUUGGACACAUGGACAGGUACAACAGGGAAGACGUGAUAUCUUGCGUAAUUUACUGUUGUUUGCAAUUUAUUUCUCAAGUUUCAAUGCUGCAAUAAGGCAAAUGAACUGAAAUUGUGCGUGUAAUCUUGUAGUAUAUAUGAAACAUUGCUGGAAUUAUAGUGCUCUUUGAACGCUAAGAAAUCUUAAAAGGUAAGACGUUUUGGAUAAGAUGUUUGAGAUUUUCACUGCGACUCACUGAGGAAGUUUACAUCAGUGAAAAUAUAUUUUGAUGGUGUGGAAACGUGCUCGACGUGUUGAACAGCAUGACAGCAACGCAGGGAGACUAUCCAGCAUUCUUAAGAGGCUAAGACGACCUCAUCUAGUGCACCAAAGUGGUAUGGAUUAUUACCGUCUCAGAGUGAACCAGUUCGAGGAGUCUGCUGUGCCUCUCUCCGCUACCUUCCUGGAGACUGACGGAGGGACGAGUGUUAGUGGGAUCAGACCAUCUUUCCUACAAGCUUAGCUGCCCACCAUUUAACUGGGCAGGUACCACGGUCUCUGAGUGUCACUUGGACGCCCCUUGGCACCAGGAUGUCCUCUACGUCCGUGGGCUUCCACCCUGUGGGCGUCCUGGGUGGAGGAGGAAGGAGGGAGAGCGGAGGGAGCGAAGGUAGUGAUGACAGCAGCAGGAACAGUGGAGAUGGAACACUGAUGGACGAUUCCACCAAGUACGGUGUGUACAGUAGCCGCAGCUACGCCGCAAGCCGGGGCUUCAGACGAGCCUCAGGUGGUGAUCACCACCACCUGGCCCACCCGGUCCCUCCCCCAAGGACGAGAGGAGGGUCAUCUACUCUGGGGCGGCGCCCUCGGCUCCUCCCUUCUCCAGUGGGGUCAUCAGGUCCUCGUCAGAGAUAUACAUCAUGUCGUCGACAUUCGUUCCGUCUAGGGGAAUCCUGAAGUCCUCCUCAGGCCUUCUGAAGUCAUCCUCGGGCAUCCUGAAGUCUUCCUCGGGCAUCCUGAAGUCUUCCUCGGGCAUCCUGAAGUCUUCCCACUUAGGCAGUCCCCUAUCGAGGUCUUGCUCAGGGGGGACACUGGCAUCCACCAACCGUGUCAACUUCGUCAACACAGCCACUAGCAGCGAAGGCCCUCCACCUCCUCCUUCUCCUCCUGCUUCUGCUUCUUCUGCCACGUCGACGCCUCCGACAGAGACGUUUUCCCCCGGUAUGUGUGUAGCGCCACUGGCUAGCUCUUCUGUCACGUCCAAGGUAGUCGUAUCUAUGUCAGCAGCAAACGGCCAGAACCCCUGGCCAGCUACACCUCAGCCUGUAGCAGUAGGAGUUUCUAUCACCGCAGCCACUUCUUCUUCUCCUUCCCCUCCUCCUCUUCCUACUUCUGGUGCUUUUCCUUCUGCUGCUUCGUUGGUGUCUUCGUCAGCAUCUGCGCAAACUUCCUCUCCUCCUGCGCCUCCUGGGACACCACCACCUGUUCCUCCCCCCAGAGCACGUUAUCAGCACACACCACCGGCAAGAGGUCCGACAGGAAGAACACUGACUCGUCAGCAGGAGAGUGAGCAGCAGAAGAAGCAGCAGCAGCAGCAGCAGCAGCAACAGCAGCAACAGCAGCAGCAACAGCAGCAACAGCAGCAGCAACAGCGCUCACAUACUAGCGGCAAGAGAGAGUGCGCCUCUCUUCCCCUGUGUGGCCCCAGGGCGCAGCAUUCACAGCAGAGAGACGCACAGACACAGCACUCUUACUACAAGGGCGUGCAGCAACAACAGCUCAGAGAGGUUCAACAGCUGCAACAGGCACAGGGGACGCAUCAUUCACAGCUGAAAGAAGUACAUCAAGUCCAGCAGCAGCAACUGCAGAAGCAACAGCAACAACAGCAGCAGAAACAGCAGCCGAGAGCAGCACAACAAAUAACACACAAGGACCUAACUAAAAUCAGUGACCUGCAGCUGAAAAAAAAUAAGUUCAAGCAGCAACAGCGGCAUCAGCAGGAAGUACCCGACAAUGAUAAUAAAUCCGUACAUAUUAUUAAGAUUCAACAAGAAAAAGAAUCACAGUCACAAGAGAAUCACAGAAUAAGACACCAUCAAAGCCAGACUGAGCAGCAAGAUUACUUCAAACAGCAGUCGCAGCAACAACACCAUCAACAGCAGCAGCAGCAGCAACACCAGCUACAGCAGCAACAACAUCAACAGCAGCAACAGGCAAAAGUGAAACAGAUUCAACAACUUCAGAGAACGCCGAAGAUCGAUAUUCCAGGUCAGAAGUUUCAGACGGGAGAGGAGCAGUACGCAGACAACCAUUACCAGCAGCUGAUACGUGCAGGUUCUCUGAGUAGUGGAGAAGCUGCAGCUAUUAUUGAGCAGCGUCGAAGUCGAAGUCCUCUGCCGUUACCCAGUCGGGCUCAGGUCGCCAGCAGCGCAACCGGAGAGAAAGGAUUCAUUCCUCCCAUAAAUGUUGCUCAGAGUCGGCCUCCUGAGCGAGUUCGAGAGACCUUUAUUGCAGCUACUUUAAAGGAACGCAAGAACAACUUGACGAAGAGCCAGGACGUAGGAGGAUCACAUGUACAGGAUUCAGUGAACGUUGAUCAUUUCAAGACUGCUGAAAGAGGUCCUACAAACAUCGGAAGAUCAGCCGAUGCAACUCCAAAAACUGCUGUGCCACACACGGAAACAACUGCAAGUGAAAAUCGAACUGAUGUUAUUCGGGCGGCAGCUAAAGCGUUCAACGAGAACUUCCAGUCAUAUUCGUUCUCUGGAUACCUUACCAAAACACGCAAGGAUUCGGUAACUACAAAAGAAUCUCCCAUUUCGUCUAAAGAUAACAACGAAGCCCCACCAGAUGUAAAGUUGCCACCUACAGGCAACAUCAUACCGCACGAGAGAGAGGCCAAGCUUGUAAAUUCAGAGGUUUCGCUUGUCAAUAGCUACAACAGUACCCCUAAGCCUUUCACCAGAGGUCCAGCUGGCAAGAUCAUUGUGCCCCUGACAACCUUUGUGCCUGCCAGCAAGUCGUCGGAAGUCGUGACAAAUCUUGAUAAGAUUAUAUUACGAGAUCCACUUGGUGGAGACAGAGAGCAAGUAACCUCGAAACCAAACACAGUAGAGACAACAAAGGAGGCAUUUACUACUAUUACAUCAACUACCGCUCUCUCCGGGGUAAAACAAAUCGCUAUAAAAGCGGAACUGACCAAAGGUAAAAGUCAGAGCACUCUUACUAAAGAGCAACCAAGCACCAAUCACCAGGAGCAAGCUCGAGGACUCCACCAGAAGGAACAACCCACUAAGACCAGGGAGAAAAUCCUCAACGGCAACAGUAGUUGCUCAAGUUCAUCCAGCGUCAAGUCUCGAGGCCCUACGACUACAGCUGCAAGUACUACCAGCAGCAACAAGAAGCCGCCAAAAACCCUCCCACCUCUUCUAAGUAGCCUAAGGUUCCCGUCGGCGGUUUUCAAUGACCUUAUAGCUGUCUUUGACAGUGACCUUAUAGCUGUCUUUGACAGUGACCUUAUAGCUGUCUUUGACAGAGACCUUAUAGCUGUCUUUGACAGUGACCUUAUAGCUGUCUUUAACAGUGACCUUAUAGCUGUCUAUGACAGUGACCUUACAGCUGUCUAUGACACAGGAUGUGACCUCAUUAUCCUCGCUGAUAAGCUCACUGACAAGCUCACUGCUAAGCUCACUGACAAGCUCACUGAUAAGCUCACUGAUAAGCUCACUGACAAGCUCACUGAUAAGCUCACUGAUAAGCUCACUGACAAGAUCACUGAUAAGCUCGCUGAUAAGCUCACUGACAAGCUCACUGAUAAGCUCACUGACAAGCUCACUGAUAAGCUCACUGAUAAGCUCACUGACAAGCUCACUGACAUGCUCACUGAUAAGCUCACUGAAAAGCACACUAACAAGCACACUGGCAAGUACACUGACAAGCACACUGGCAAGUACACUGACAAGCACACUGGCAAGUACACUGGCAAGCACACUGGCAAGUACACUGACAAGCACACUGGCAAGUACACUGACAAGCACACUGGCAAGUACACUGACAAGCACACUGGCAAGUACACUGACAAGCACACUGGCAAGUACACUGACAAGCACACUGGCAAGUACACUGACAAGCACACUGGCAAGUACACUGACAAGCACACUGGCAAGUACACUGACAAGCACACUGACAAGCACACUGGCAAGUACACUAACAAGUACACUGACAAGCACACUGACAAGCACACUGACAAGCACACUGGCAAGUACACUAACAAGUACACUGACAAGCACACUGACAAGCACACUGACAAGCACACUGACAAGCACACUGACAAGUACACUAACAAACUGUGUCAACUCUCAGACUGUGUCAUCUCUCACACUGUGUCAACUCUCACACUGUGCCAACUCUCACACUGUGUCAACUCUCACACUGUGUCAACUCUCACACUGUGUCAACUCUCACACCGUACUGCGUUGAGCUACUCUUGCGCCAACGCCUUCCAGCGGGUGGUGGAGACACUGACAGCGAUGCCCGGUGUAGACAUCAACAAAGCUGACACUGACGGUAACACUCCUCUACACUUCGCUGCUCAGGCUGGUCACACGGAGGUGGUGUCACAUCUGGUCAACAAGUGCAACAGGAGCGUCGACCUGGACGCAAGGAACACCCUCGGCUUCACCCCGCUCAUGAAGGCGGCGCUGCAGGGCAGGACCAAGAUCGCUAAGAUUCUUCUCUUCGCUGGAGCCUCGCCACAUCUACGGGACUUCGGGCGUGGGUUGUGCGCUGUAGAGUGGGCGCGCUACACAGGGCGUCACGUCUGCUGUGAGCUGAUAGAGAGCGUUCAGAAGUCGUGUUCCAGUCAUAUCCGUGACCGCUGGACCAGCGACCCUGACCUUAAGACCCACUCCAGCUCCUCCAUCAACACACUAGGCCAGGCGGACAACAGGGAGUCCUGGAUUAAGCAUAAGAUUAAGAAAGCCUUUCACAAGUCUGAAUCGAAAAAAGAGUUCAGUGUAGUGACCAACCUCUCCACUAUGGCCGUGUGUGCAACCACUCCACUUCUGCCCACUGCUGUCACCUCACAGGAUCUUAAACCCCACCAGGUGGUGGUUCCCCAUGUUCAGGUGACGGAGGUUAAGGUCCCGGACUGCUACGAGGACCCUGAAGAUGCCCUCAGCCGCCUCCCUCCACCUCCACCUCCUCCGCUCCUACCCCAGGACGAGGCUGCUUCCACCUCCUUUUCAUCCAACUCCAAAUCACCAAAGAAACAGUCGACGAAGUCUCCCACAACUUCUUCAUCCCCUGGGAGCCCUCCUUCCUCACCUCCAGCCUCGUCCACGCCGCCUUCAUCUCCUGCUGCUACUGCUGCUGCUGCUGCUGCAGAGUCGUCGUCUACGAAACCUUCGUCACCGCCUUCAUCGCCUCCUUCCUCACCGCCAUCAUCACCUACUUCCAAAACAGCGGCAUCAUCAACAACAGCGGCUGCGGCGGCGACGGCGGCGACGGCGGCGGCGGCGGCGGCGGCAUCUACAGCCAGCUCAGAGGUUCCUCAUACAGAUACCAAGACAGUAACGUCUCCCGGCAAAGUACCUCACACCAGCACAAAGAAGAAAAAGUGAAGACUUGGAGAGAUUUAGUCCUCUUCUGUGUCUUAUACCGAAGGCAAAGUGACUUUGCUAACGCCAUGGUUAUAACGAAGGCAGGAGCUGUAGUAAUUUAUUGUUGCAGUGUAUUUAUAUGAAGGUGUUUGUCUGUCUGUCAUGUUUAUCAGUUACAUUUAUGUACAUCAGUAUCUUUUGUGAGAGAUAAACAAAUUAAUUUAUCAGUCACUGUUUUCUCCUUCAAAUCACCCGAUUUAAAGAUUUAAAGAUCUUUUAAUAGCUAUUAAGGAAAUAUUUAAGCAUAUAUAUAUAUAGAUUACAAUUUCUACUGUCAUUAGCCAGUAAUAUUUAUACCUACAAAACCCUUAUAAUGUACAUAAUUCUGUGCUGAUGAGUCAUGCAGUUACUAGUUAAGAGAUUGAGGUUAUGUAUUAUGAGGAGAGGAUCCAGAGAGGGUGAUGAAGGUGUCUCCUGGAUGGCCAGAUGUGUCUCACUUCAUCUGAAUGGACUGCUGACACUGUAGUACUGUCAUGGUAUGUGGCCUCUGACUGAUGCUGUCACGAUCUGUGAUUUCUGACUGAUACUGUAAUGGUCUGUGACCUCUGAUACUGCCAUGGUCUGUGACCUCCGUCUGAUACUGUCAUGGUCUGUAACCUCUGUCUGAUACUGUCAUGGUCUGUGACCUCUGAUACUAUCAUGGUCUGUGACCUCCGUCUGAUACUGUCAUGGUCUGUGACCUCUGAUAUUGUCAUGGUCUGUGACCUCCGUCUGAUACUGUCAUGGUCUGUGACCUCUGUUACUAUCAUGGUCUGUGACCUCUGAUACUGUCAUGGUAUGUGACAUCUGAUUGAUACUGUCAUGGUCUGUGACUCCUGACUGGUACUAUCAUGGUCUGUGACCUUUGACUGAUAUUGUCAUGGUCUGUGACGUCUGAUACUAUCAUAGUCUGUGACCUCUGACUGAUACUAUCAUAGUCUGUGACCUCUACUGAUAUUGUCAUGGUCUGUGACCUCUGAUAUUGUCAUGGUUUGUGACCUCUGAUACUAUCAUAGUGUGUGACCUCUGAUAUUGUCAUGGUCAGUGAUUCGUGACUGACACUGUAAUAAACUCUUGUACGUAAAGUCAUCCGGUAGACCGUCUCGGCCAUACGAACUAGUAAUCAACUAAUCACUAUUUAACAACCAAUUCUUAAAGUACUGCCCAAUUAGCUUAGCGUAUCACCAAGAGUGUUCACUUAGCGUUGACCAGUCACUAUUUCAGUAAUGCUUUUAUGAAUUCCGUUAAUGAAUUCAACUGGGCGAUAUAAUAUUGCCAUCACUCUUCGGUCUUUACAUGCCCCCCAAAAAUUUUAGCUCACAGUGCCAAUUUUUUAUAUCAUCGACACAAUCUAACAUCGCUUAGUUCCUCAACUGAUUCAUUCAUCAUUGCGUUAUCUUAUGUAGACUAAUAAGACAUUCGUGCAAUACUUGCGAAUCUUUUCUGGAGAAACAUUUCACCAAGCAGUGUUUCUUUUUAGUCUCAAUCACUCUGUUCACAUUAUCCACCGGUUUUACUCCGAAAUGGAUUGGUGAAACGUUACCACAGCAAAGAUCGAGGAGGUACUAGUAACUCCUCCCAUGGCAGACUUUGGUCUGAGACACUCCCGCGACAGGGAGCCAAGGUCAGGCCACCUCUUGGUACAGGACCAGGCGGGGCGAUUAUACCGACGAAUCUGGAACAACAACAGUAAAGACACCCAAGAAUUUCGCAAGUGUCUCAUUAGUUAGCCUGUUGGUUUUGUAUCCCAUUUCUAUAACUCUACAUCUUAUAUGUUUACAACCUAUCACGUUUUCUUUCCAAACUGGAUGACCCCAACCAGAUCAAAAUGGGUGACCCAACCAGGCCCGACAGUGCCACUUAUUUCCAUUGACCUCACGAGAGAACAUUUUUCCCUUACAAUCCAGAACACCGACUCGCUUUUCGAGCACUAAAUGUUCUUUUUUUCAUGUUGCAGUUCAUGAUUACCUCUCUCUAUCGCGUCAACAUUAUUAUUACACAUAUUUUCCCUGGCUCUAUACACAUUAAAGAGAGAUUAAAUGAAAGUCUUGGCACUGUAAAGCAGCGGUGAUCGUGGCAUGUCAGCACACGCCACUAGAACAGACACUUGGCCUAUUUUACACACCUUCUUGUAUUUUUAAAUAUCAUCUGCAUGUUAUUAUGCUUCGUUGAUUUAUUCACGUUGCAAAAUCAUGCUUAAAAUCUCAGUAGUGACUACAAUAAGCACCAUUUUGUUUAAGGCACAGAUUUAUUCAUUAUGAAAAUUUAAUGCAAGGCAUUAUGGAGUCACCAUGAUCUGUGUCUACCCAACGGUCAUUAUGCUCUAUGCAUUGAGGUUCUGUAUACACGUGACUAAAGUCAACGGAUUUACACUGGUCAGCCAUGCUGGGCGUCGGUUCAAGCGAGGUCGUACUGAAAAGCAAUACGACUAACUUACGAUGUAUGUCCUUACGUGGUGAACAGUCUUUCUCAACGCUGGAAGUGAUGUUGAAGUCUACAGAGCUGAUAUAUAGCAGUGUAUGGCACGGAGUUGUGCACCAAGCCUGGGAAGUGCCCGAGCUGCGCACCAAACCAGGAAAGUGCCCGAGGAUGGUAGGAAAAAGCACAUAUAAGGAUAGCUUUCAUUAAAUACACUUCACCUACAAAAGCCUGUAUCAAGUACUUCAUAAGGUCUUUUAUAGGUAAAAUUUCGCAUUUAAUAAAAGAACUGCUUUUGUUACACACAUGUCGUUUCAAGAAACUGUCUGCACACCACCUCACUCCAGCAACCUCUGCACAUUUCCAUCCCUUAACUUACAACGUUGGUAAGGACUGAUGUGAGGAUAUGACGCACCGUAUAUGACGCACCAUACAUGACGCACCAUAUAUGACGUACCAUAUAUCACCCACAGUAAGGUACACUUAUAACCCAGUAAUGUGAAAGUUUGACGCACCAUGUAUCACCCACUGUAUUAGUGGCGCCUCAGUGAUUAUGCAUUCGGGACAAAAUAAAGUUUGUUUUUAAAGUUUUAGGAGAGCAGACGAGCUUGUGCAGAAGCUAGUGUAUCGCGCGCGAUACCUGUAUUUUGGUCUCCAGUAAUUAUAAAUCUCGAUGAGAAAAUUAAUGGCAUUCGACUUGAAGGAAGCACCUCAGGUGGCCUCAGGUGGCUUCUGGUCGUUACCGAAGUACCUUAGAAAUAGUAACAGAAUCAGUAUUUGCAGGAAUGGUGGUAUUUGGACUUCCAGGAGACAAGAGGGAGCCUUCAAAGCUCUGGUCGUACUUUUCAAGGAAAUAAAAUUUCACUCUUCUGAGCUGAAAUAUUUUGUGCUUGGCAACAGCAUGCUACAGCCUUGCUAUAUGAUAUUCGUAACUGUGAUUAAUUGUACAAAGGGACGACAUACAAGCAGAUGAAGAGUUACGUGUAUGCUAGAAAACCUUUGACAUACAUGUCAGUAAAGGUGGUGAGUAACUUUCAAGAGUUAGAUCAGUUCUUGCAAGAAAGUGAGAUGAGAUCCUUAAGAUAUCUAUGUUACUUCUGCAGUAAGAUAUAUGAAAGUUAUUGUUAGGGACAUAGAUGAACAAUUCAUAAGCUUGAGGUGAAGAGGAUCAAACGAAAAAAAAAAAAAACCUUGUAACCUGAGACACAAUUAAGUGCUUCCAUAACGUAGACACAAGUGCCCAGGAGACAUUAGUUUCUUGACGCCUAUUUUCUUGUUAUCUUUUUUUUUUUUUUGUAUUUUAGGAAGCCUUAUUGUUGCUUCAGAGAAAAGUUAUUUACCCUGAAUGUUGCCUUCCCGUAUUAUACUAGAAUAGUGUGUUUGACCUAAACAUUUCUACCAUAGGUGGAAAUGUCUGUUAAAAGAGUAAGAUAUGCAUCGCUUAAAUGAAAAAAAAAAAAACUAUGCAUACGAUCUCAGCUCAGAGCGGAAGACAGGUCAAUCCGGAGUUUUUGUGUCUUCUUUCACAUAUCUCUUCUGACAAAUUCUACGUGUAUAUGUAAAAUAUUACGCCACAAUGUAUAUGUUAAAUAUUUCACCAAAAUGUGUAUGUAAAACAUUAAACAAGAAUGUAUAUAUAUAAACAAAGGCUGUGUAUGUUUCAGACAAUUUCCUCGUGAGUGAUCCAUGAUUCUCUUUGGUUGUGUAAAAUAUGGCACCCUAGUUGCCAUGUUUUAAAUGUUAGUAAUAACGUAACAUACAUGUUUAUUAUAUAACGCCAAUAACUCAUACAAUAUAUCUGCCCCAUAUAUGUAUAUUUCAUUAUUAAACAAUAGACAGCCGAUUGGCGUCCAUUGGAUUAUGAUACUUGUUGUUAUUAUUAUUAUUAUUAUUAUUAUUAUUAUUAUUAUUAUUAUUAUUAUUAUUAUUAUUAUCAUUAUUACUAUCAUUAUUAUUAUUAGCCUUAAUUAAAGCCAGUCACCUCUCUGUGUCUAUUAUACAGUGCGUUUAAGCAGUGUGUUGAUCUUACAAUGUAUAUUACGUCAUAUGCAUAGAUCAUUCUGAGGACAAAAUGUACAAGAGAGUCCAUGUACUCCCCUAUAAACCCCUAAUCCAAU